AUGCCCGGAAUUCAGAUCAAUCCCGCUUCACUGGAAUGUCCCGACUACGCGUCGGACACCUAUGCAGCAACUCGCGCACCAUUGGUCAAUGACCACACCACUAAUGAGCAAGCUAUCCAGUUGCUCGUCAAUAUAUGGAAAGCGGGAAACGACGCUGAAAAAGUCUCAUGGCAGCACCAGAUGGAGGAACAUGAAGCCGAAGUUGCGGAACAGGUUAGGUUGGCCGCGGAGGCCGAUAAUGACGCGCAGGAGGCGCAGCUCGCUGAGCAGGCGAACGUGCGGAAAGAAGAGAUCAAAAAGAACCGAGCAAAGUUUGCACCUAUUCCGGACAGGGAUGUACCAACCAUUGCUCCGGUGAUAGCAGCUAACUACGCGAUCAAAAGAAUGGAGAGGGGUGACUUCGUUGAACUAUGGUACUACAUGAACGAGGGGCUUGAAGAGGCACUUCGUAUCACCAGCUCUGUUGACGAUGAAGCCACGGUAAUGACUCGAACAUCGGAUGGCUCCACCUCCUGGGUUCCCGCAGGAUCAGUAAGAGAAGCCCGAGGAGUAACCGAUGAUAAGGACAUCAGAUGGGAAGAUUUCUGUCAAGCUGUGCCACGCAUGGUCCUGGCGAUGGAACAAGCUCGGUGGCCAGAGGAGCGGAUCACUAUGCUCGCAAGAUUCUGA